CCCAGUAUCACUGGGCUCGGCCCGAAUCCCACAGCUAGGGGAGGAAUGGGGCGGUCCCGAGCCCGGGCUCUAGGACGGGGCGGGCCGUGGGCACUGGGCCCGAGCCCCGCCCUCCCUCCGCCCUUGCCACCUGAGACAGGUGGAGCUGCCGGAGUGGCUGCGGGAGUCAUGUCCCAGAAGGAGCCGGACCUGGAGCUCCUGCCCCCGGCCGGGUCGGCGCCGCGAUGUCCCGAGCACGCCCAGGAGCUGAAAUGGUUCUGCAGCGCCGAGCGGCGGCUCGUGUGCGCGGGCUGCAGGGGGCCGGGGGGCCGGUGCCGCGAACACCACGUCCGGAGGGCCGAGGAGCGGGCGGAGGAGCUGAGGAACAAGAUAGUGGAUCAGUGUGAGAAGCUGCAGCUACAGAGCGCUGGCAUCACCAAAUACAUGGCCGAAGUCUUGCCUCGGAAAAACCAAAACACAGCGACCAUGGCCAGUGGGGCCCGUGAGGUGGUGAUCCAGCGGCUGGGCCUGGUGAGGAAUGUGUGUGAGAGCGAGGAGCAGCGGCUGCUGGAGCAGGUACACGCUGAGGAGGAGCGAGCCCACCAGAGCAUCCUGACCCAGCGGUCCCAUUGGACGGAGGCCUUACAGAAGCUCGGCACCAUCCGCACCAAGCUAGUGGACAUGCUCACUGAUCUUGAUGACCACAGCCUUAUUCAAUCAGAGCGGGAGAUUUUUGAGAGGACUGAGGAAGCUGAGGGAAUCUUGGAUCCCCAGGAAUCUGAGAAGUUAAAUUUUAAUCAGAAAUGUGUGCGGAGCCCAUUACUAACCCAGCUCUGGGCAUCAGCCGUUCUCUGCUGCCUCUCAGGUACCGAGGACAUUCGUGUGGAUGAGAGGACCAUCAGUCCCUUUCUCCAGCUGUCAGAGGACAGGAAGACCCUGACCUUCAACCCCAAGAAGUCCAAAGGCUAUGCAGAUAGCCCAGAACGCUUUGACCACUGGCCCAAUGCCCUGGCCUCAACCUCCUUCCAGAGUGGGCUUCAUGCCUGGAUGGUGCAUGUAGAGAACAGCUGUGCUUAUAAGGUGGGAGUCUCCUCAAGCCAGCUGCCUCGCAAGGGGGCUGGCAGUGACACCCGCCUUGGCCACAAUGCUUUCUCCUGGGUUUUCUCCCGGUAUGACCAGGAGUUUCGGUUCCUGCACUGUGGCCAGCCCCAGCCUUUGGCACUCUUACGCUGUCCAGACCGCAUUGGGGUGCUGUUGGACUUGGCAGCGGGUGAGCUGUUGUUCUAUGAGCCCACCUCGGGUACCCUCUUAUGCUCCUACCACACCCAGUUUGAGGGCCCCAUCUUUCCCGUCUUUGCUGUGGCUGACCAGAAUAUCUCCAUUGUUCAGUGAUGGGCUUCUUUCACCAUGCUUAUAGGGUUCCCUCCCCAACCCACCCUCAACAUCGUGGUGCCAGGUUUCCCCAUUGUGCAUGCCCAGCAGCCAUCACCUUUGGCAGAUACUGGUGGGAAGAUGGGGCUGAGGUGGGUUUCCAAUCUGGGUUCCUACCUUUCAGGUACUGGGUGUUGGUGAGGAGCCUACCCUCACCACUCUGGGACACAGGUCUCUUUCCUAUCAUCCAUUCUUAAAGUACCUGAUAUGGGAGGACGGGGAAAAGUGAUCAAGGGAAGCAGUGGAAAGAAUGAUUGGACGGGGAGUCAAAUGCCUGGGUUCUGGUAUCAGCUCUGCCACUAACUCUUGGUGAAAUGUUGAACGAGUUGUUUGAUCUCUUUAAGCAUCAGUUUCCUCAUCUGUAGGGUAGAGGAGCUGAGAUGAUCAUUAGCUCUCACAUUCGGUGUACACAGUUCACUGUUUUUUUUUUCUUUCUUUCUUUCUUUUUUUUUAGUGAGGCAAUUGGGGUUAAGUGACUUGCCCAGGGACACACAGCUACACAGCUCACUGGUAAUUACCGUUUCUGGUUCCUCGGCAGUGACAGCUUGUGACUGCUAGGUCUCUGUUUAUAACUCCUUUUCUUCUGUUCAGGGACUCACCAGGGUCUACUUUCUCACCCGUUGGAUACAGGGUACACUCCUUGGAGCCCUGCAUCCUAGGCUCAAUUAGGUAGGCUCUCCUGCCAGGUGCUAAUUUUAGCUGGAGUCCUUGGCCAGUCCUGCUAAGGGUUGCUGGUAGCUGAUGGCCUAACCCAGCCUGAUAGACAGAUAGAUGUCUCUUGCCUUUCACCUCCUCCUGACUCAGCAGUACUCAUUCUCUAAGACUAGGGUUUGGGCACAUGAAUAAGGAGUUUGAGAGGGGAAGGAGAGGAAGCGUGAAUACUUCAUGGCAGGGCAGGCUCCUAAGGAGGUGCCUGGAUGUGGAAAACAUUUAAAUUAUUAAAAAGUUUUGGAAAAAAAGUCAAAUUUCAUACUUUCUUCUGUCCUUUGCCGAGUA